GGAUGUCUUCAAAGGAAGGAAGCUCGACUAGGAAAACGGGCAAAAGGGAAGAUUGAGCAGCUCAAGCUUCUUUGUGAGAACUGCUGGUAGAAGAUUUACUGUUGACCUGUUUUCCCUCGUAAACUGCGUAACUAUACAGAAACCGUUGGAGGAGCGAUGUUAUACCCAAAACAGAGUGGGAUUUAACCCAGCCCAGGUCUCGUCUCGGAGUACAUCACACUGUCUUAAGGAGUCUCCAUUGAAACUCACUUUAGUGCAAGACUGCUUUACUCUGGUCGUGCAGGUGUGUGUAGCUUACAUCUCUGCGCGGUGGCAGGCAAGCGAGCUGAUCCAUGCUGGUCCAUGCUUUCGUUCUAGCCUGGCAAGCCCUCCAAGAAGACCCUCGUAGCCCCAGUGUGUCGCCGCAGACGGGAAGGAAAGCAGAAAGUUUGGAAGCGACCCGCAGCGUCUGACAGGGCUGCUGAGCAGUGGAGCAGGAAUAGGGAAUGAAACUCAGCUCAGUUCCUCUAUCGCUUUCGCAGACUCGUUCAGUCGAGUGAAGGAGCAGCAGUCGCAGCUGAUAAAGCUCAUAAUGCGGGCUGACUGAUCUUCGUUGUGAAACAGCGCUAUUUCUUCUUCUGGAUCGCACUCGUUCCGACCCAUAUUCGUUUUUUGGAUAUCCUGAGCCGUACAGGUGGAAACAACCAUUUUUGUUCUACGUUUUGCUUUAGUAACAACACAAGGACAUCGCUGAGUGUUUCACAUUUAAGACAAACAUGACGUCUCCGGCAAAAUUUCGAAAGGACAAGGAGAUUAUAGCCGAAUAUGAAACUCAAGUCAAAGAAAUCCGGGCUCAGCUGGUGGAGCAGCUCAAAUGUCUUGACCAGCAGUGUGAGCUGCGUGUGCAGCUUCUCCAGGACCUGCAGGAUUUCUUCCGCAAGAAGGCCGAGAUUGAGAUGGACUACUCCCGCAACCUGGAGAAGCUUGCCGAGAGGUUUUUGACCAAGACACGCAGCACCAAGGACCACCAGUUCAAAAAGGAGCAGAACAUAUUGUCUCCGGUGAACUGCUGGAACUUGCUGCUAACUCAGGUGAAGCGGGAGAGUCGUGACCACGCCACCCUCAGCGACCUCUACCUCAACAACAUCAUUCCACGCUUCGCCCAGAUCAGCGAGGACUCUGGACGCCUCUUCAAGAAGAGUAAGGAGGUGGGGCUUCAGCUGCAGGAGGAUUUGAUGAAGGUCCUCAACGAGCUGUACACGGUGAUGAAGACAUACCACAUGUACAACACGGACAGCAUCAAUGCCGAGAGCAAGCUGAAGGAGGCGGAGAAGCAGGAGGAGAAGCAGAUGGGGCGCAGCGCGCGGCAGGAGGAGCGGCAGACCCCUCGCUCUCCUGACUCGCUCACCAGCAUCAGGCUCGAUGACAAGCCCGUCCGCCGCAGCUCCGUCAAGAAGAUUGAGAAGAUGAAGGAGAAGCGCCAAGCAAAAUACACUGAGAACAGGCUGAAAGCCAUCAAGGCGAGGAACGAGUACCUGCUGGCUCUGGAGGCCACCAACUGCAGCGUGUUCAAGUACUACAUCCACGACCUCUCCGACCUCAUAGACUGCUGUGACCUUGGUUACCAUGCCAGCUUGAACCGGGCAUUGCGUACCUACCUUUCGGCUGAGUUCAACGUGGAGACGUCGAAGCACGGCGGACUGGAGACCAUCGAGAAUGCAGCAGAAAAUCUAGACGCCAAUGCUGACAAACAGAGGCUCAUGGAAACCUACAACAACAUCUUCUGCCCACCCAUGCGCUUUGACUUCCAGUCUCAUAUGGGGGACCAGAUGGGGCACAUGUGUGCCCAGCAGCCACUGCAGGGCGAUCUCCUCCAGAGGUGCCAGCAACUCCAGUCUCGUCUCUCCACUCUAAAGAUAGAAAAUGAGGAGGUAAAGAAGACUAUGGAGGCAACUCUGCAGACCAUCCAGGACAUGGUGACCAUUGAGGACUUUGAUGUAACGGACUGCUUCCACCACAGCAACUCCAUGGAGUCCGUCAAGUCCACCGUGUCUGAAUCAUUCAUGAGCAAACCAAGUCUGGCCAAGAGACGUGCCAACCAGCAGGAGACCGAGCAGUUCUACUUCACGAAAUUGAAGGAGUUCCUGGAGGGCAGGAAUCUCAUCACCAAACUGCAAGCCAAGCAUGACCUGAUCCAGAAGACCCUGGGAGAGAGUCAGAAAACUGACUAUUGCCUUGCCAGUGGACGGAGGAACUCGACUGUGCGGAAACAGGACUCCAGCCAAGUCAUUCCGCUGAUGGUAGAGAGCUGUAUUCGCUUCAUCAGCCGACAUGGCCUGCAUCAUGAGGGCAUCUUCAGGGUGUCUGGCUCACAAGUGGAGGUCAAUGACAUUAAGAAUGCCUUUGAGAGGGGUGAGGAUCCCUUGGCUGGAGAUCAGAAUGAUCAUGACAUGGAUUCCAUCGCUGGUGUCCUCAAACUCUACUUCAGAGGCCUGGAGAACGCCCUCUUCCCAAAGGAAGUCUUCCAUGACCUCAUGUCCUGUGUCUCCAUGGAGAACCUCCAGGAGAGAGCCGCUCAUAUCCGCAAGGUCCUGCUGACUCUCCCCAGUAGCACGCUGGUCAUCAUGAGAUACCUGUUUGCUUUCCUCAACCAUCUGUCCCAGUACAGUGAGGACAACAUGAUGGACCCCUAUAACCUGGCUAUCUGCUUUGGUCCUACGCUCAUGUCGGUCCCCGAGGGCCAUGACCAGGUCUCCUGCCAGGCCCAUGUCAACGAGCUGAUCAAGACUAUCAUCAUCCACCAUGAUAUCAUCUUUCCUGGACCCCGUGAGCUAGAGGGACCCAUCUAUGAACGUGGAGGAGCUGCAGAAGAAUACUGUGAUAGUCCACACAAUGAGCCCCCUCUAGUGGACGAACCAGCCCCUGACACUGUGUCAGAGAUCCACAACAGUGAUGAUGGCUCCUUGAACGUUUCAGAGUCGGACCCCAUCGAGGCCAUAGCCCGCUUUGACUACUCAGGCCGCACCAACCGUGAGCUGUCUUUUAAGAAAGGCGCCUCCCUGCUGCUGUACCACCGCGCCUCCGACGACUGGUGGGAGGGUCGGCACAACGGCACUGAUGGCCUGAUUCCCCAUCAGUACAUAGUGGUUCAGGACACGGCGGAUGGUUACACAGGCAGAGGCAGCCCCAAAACUGACCUGGAGGCAUCCCAUGAGAACAUGGAGGAAAAAGUAUCCACCAGAGGCAGUGCCAGCUCUCCCACUGGAGGCCAUGUGGCAGACAUCUACCUGGCCAACCUCAACAAGUUGAGGAAGCGUCCAGAGGCGACUGGUAUUCGUAGAUCAUUCCGACCUGUGGAGCCUCCUAGCGAGGCCUCGUCUGGGGCUGUGGGGGGUCUGAGGGCCACCUCCAUGCCCACAGGUGGGGUUCCCAAAGAAGGCUCGGACAAGCGGCCAGUGAGUGCUCACAGCGUCCUUAACUCCAUCACUCGCCACUCCUCCCUCAAGGCCAAAGUAGAUAGCCCCCAGUUCCGCAAGGCUGCCCCUGCAGGACGCUCGAAGAGCUUCAGCAACCAUCGGCCAGUGGACCCUGAGGUCAUCGCCCAGGUAGAGCAUAGCUCACAGGACAUUGAGGCAACCAUGAGCACAGCUCUGAGUGAGCUGCAAGAGCUGGAGAGGCAAAGUAAUGUGAAGCAUGCUCCUGAUGUGGUGCUGGACACUCUGGAGCAGCUGAAGAGCGGCGGUGCAUCUGAGCCAUCCAGUCCACUUCACUCACGCCUGCUGCGAGAGGCCGACUCGCCCCAGCACCCCCUGCAGCGGAGCUCCAGCUCAGCCAGCGACGUGCCGUCUACCUUCCGACCCGGGAAGAGCCCUGCACCCAAGAGCCCUCUACCUUCUGCCUCCGGGGUCCCAGGCCUCUCCUCCUCCACCUCAACCUUUCGAGACAGCCGGCCACCGGCCACCAGGCCCAAACCUGUGGUAUUCCCCAAGAGUGGCUCAGCUGGCGGUAGCCCCGCAAUGGGCUCCCCCACCACCACCAUUCCUCCAACCCCUCCACCCCCUCCGCCUCCCACCGACAAGUCCUGCCCAGCUUGAGCAUCCACAAAUGGGCUUUGCCAAAAAAGAUGCUCCAUUGGGUCAUCUAACAGCCCAUGUUUAAUAACAAUUCCAUAAAAUCUCAAUGGGGGGAUUUAUUACUGAGCUGUUUUUACUGGACUGAUUCAUUAUGAACAGCAUAAAACCUGACAGACUCACACUGAUAAUGGGGUGUUUGAGUGUGUGGGUGUGAGCGAGUGUUGGCGUGAAUGCUUUGUGUGUGGUCUGCAUACACACACUGAAAGCCUGGAGUGUUUUUUUUUUUUGUUGUUUUUUUUUCCAGCACUGUUUAAAUUGAAUUCCGGCUGGGACCCCCUUUGUAAUCUUGGUUUGAUGGGACUGAUGUGUUUUCCUUUUUUUAAUGGGGAGUGGAUCAGAUUGCUUUGAAGAAACAAUAGCUGUGAAUAACAACUCUUUCUCUUUCUACUCAAGGACACUCUCUCACAACUCUCUCUCCCUCCAGAGAGCUGGACUGUUCAAGUAUGCCACAAGGGAAGUAGUGAACUUUAACCUGGGUCAUUCCACUAUGAAACCCCAUAGGAUUGCAGUGGAAAAUUGAACUGAUGUGUAUUUAUAUGCAGCUUCUUGAUGAAGUACUGACAUUGUGUCCACGUUGUCAUCAGUUUAAGGGAUGCUUACUUGUACCCUCUUCACAUAUUGUUCUGGGAGGUACUUGUACUCUUAACCGCCUCUCAGUACUGUGAAAACCCCCAUUCUUCUCUAUAGGAAUGUCAGCAUAGCUACCACUUUCUCUUGAUCCGAAAUAUACAUGUCGGUAUACUUACUUAAUACUGCUACGCAAUAUAUCUUCUUGGUCACUACUCACCAGUUACAAAAUAUUAGUCUAGCUUGUUCACAACUAACCAUUUAUCACCCUUUACAACCACAGAGAACUCCUGGUAUUUCAUGUAGCUUGUGUGACCAGCAAAGAAUCUUUCCUCUUGUAUGAUUCUGCCAGCUUACACUCUGUACUGUACAGCAAACCCUGCAGAAUACGUAAGCAAAUCACAGGUUAACUUGCGUGGUGCACAUUGUAAAGCUGUGCUGGCCCUCGUACCCUUCCAUUCCUACAGCAAAUUCAAGCACUUCGCAAUAGCCUGUCAACUAUUUAUGUUCACCAACAAUUGCUUGUCAGUUUAAAGCAAAUCAGCAAAAAGAGUGUCUUUUUUGUAUACAUGUAACGAGAUUUACGAUUUAAGAACUGGAACAAAAAGAAAUUGCUAAAGUGAGGAAUUGUCAAACCAUUUGGUUCAUUAUUUUAAGACUGAAGCACAAAAUGGUAUAGCUCCCUCUUUCUUAUUUACAGUUCUUCUAGGCCCUUUUUCGGCCUUGAGUGUGUAUCAUGGUAACUGUGUAUCUGUAAGUAUGUUUGUAUGUAUGUAUAGUCACAAAAGCCUAAUGGAGGCAAAAAAGUCAAGCUUUAUGUCAGAUAGGGAAAAUUUCAGUCUCCUCAGAGGAUUUGACUCCACGAAGAGGGAUGCAUGCAAAACCCCAGCCGUUUUCCUCACUAUAUCUGUUGUUUUCUAUGAAUGGGACCAGCCAAAGGACCUGCAGGUGAGCAAGCUCAAGGGAAAUUGGAUGGAAUUCAGGAUUGUAUUUAUGGAACCUCACGAGUCAGUGCUGAUGCAGAAUCGGUUUUCACACAGUGAGAACAAUUGUAUGUAACUUAGAUCCUACAUCAGCAGCUGUAUUCUGGGAGAUUAUACUCACUGGCCACUUUAUUAGAAACCCCUACCUUGCAGGUGUACACCUGAUACACUUCUGCAGUGCCACUACCAUGUCAGUGUCACUGCUACGUUGAGAGUGGUUCACCAAAUAAUAUCUGGUCAACGUCUGUCCUGCGGUCUGAAAAUGACCAAUUAUGAAUGGAGUAAUUCUCAAGACAGACCACAUUUUUGCUCCCACCUAACUUGCAACAAAUAUAGCUGGAGCUUCUGGUGGUCCCUGAGAUCCAGUUUGAGAACCACUGGAAGAGAGAAUGACUGACCAGUUUUGUAUGAACUGGACCUAGAAUGUGGAGCUUUCAGUGGCCUGUGAGUGUAAGGACAAGGUAGGUGUUCCUAGCAAAGUUUGCAGGGAGUAUAUAAGACCCAGGCUCUUGAUGAAGGCCUGAACAUGUUCAGAUUGGAGACUUUCAGAGGCAAUAACCCACAACUGUUCUAUUCACCUGCACGUUCUGCAGCAGAACCCCAUUGUCUUCCACAGUGAGCUCAUUCCCAGCUAUCUAACCUAAUUUUCUCUUUCAUCAUGCCAGAGAAUUGCCACGGAGUGGCCAGCUCUAGUUACUCCAGUAUCUGACAAUCGAAAGCAUUCUUGUCUCCUCGGCGUCCGUCUACAAAGCUGAGCCUCCUUCUCGUUCUGUACGGUCUGCUUAUGACUUCUAAAGGAAUUAGGAGUGUCUGCUAUUUUCAGAGAGGCCUUAAAUGUCUGUGAUUUCAGAACAUGCAAGGAUGAGCUGGUCAGUGAAAAUUGCACGUCUCUGCUUUGAUGUGGUAGACUAGAACGAAAAUAACCUGGGGUGUGUCUAGGUCAGGGGAAGAAAAACAAGAGCUGGCUCACUGUUUUCACCAAGCAAACAAGGCCUGUCAUUAGGAGCCUUAAUGCCAUGAAUAAUGGUGAACACUGGGAAACCCUUUAUUGAUAUCCAACCUAGAAGAGCAGGAAAGAAUGAGCAGCUUACUGAAGCGUUUUUAAAUGUCUGUUUGAGGAAAAUAGUUUUCUCAUUACUUUUCAUGGAAUCUUCAAUGUGUUGUGUUGCAAUUCUUGAACGUCUUAACAGGUGGUUAUUUUUAUUCCUGUGAGCUAUGAUCGGACGUUUUUGUGUUGUUCCUAAUACCUCAUAAGGCAACUGGAAACCGAGUUGUGUUGGGGGAGAUUUUGUUUUGUUUUUUUUUUUAAAAAAGGCAUUAACAUGCAUAAUGUGUCAUUAACUCAUGGAAAGUGCUUGGUGGUGUUCUGUUUUAAAGUGUGAUGUCCUUACUACGCUGAUGGCCGAAGCCUCAGUUUACACUUAAUCUUUUAUUUUUCCUUCCGUCUGUAAUUUUAAAAUCAAUCAUUAUUAUGCACUUGAAUCUGCAUUGUAUGUUUGUGAACAGACUGAGUGAGGAUUUUUCUUUUUUGAAAAUCAUAACUAUUGUUAAAUAUGUAUUUCCUGUCCAUUUUAAAACGAAACAAGACUGUAAAAUGAAUUGUCUUGUCAGAUAUAUUUAUAGUUGUCCACUCGAGUAUCUUAUCAGAGGAACCUGUGUUCAGAUGUACUUUGUAUAUACAAUGGUGUACAUUACAGAGGUACAUUCUUUUUCUUUGUUUUUCCUCUUUUUUUUGGGUACAAGAUUGUACAGUAAUAGCAAUAGUAGUUUACUCUCAAAUACACCUUAUAUAAUUCCAUGUGUAGUUCUUGUAGUAAACUUUUUUUUUUAAUAAACCGCUUGCUAUACAAGUUUGUGGUUUCAUUUUUGGAAUGUGAAAAUGAAAAUGAAUGUUACAUAAAGCUUUACAUACCACUAGUCUACUGAAAGGUCAAAUGUGUAUAGGCAGCUGCUUUAAAUGUGCUUGGUAUGAUGAAUUAUAUGAAGAAAUGAGGUAUUUACAUAGAACCAGGUACUAUUAAAAAAAUGAUGUCAUUUCUGCAUUAUUUAAUAAUAAUAAAAAUCAUUUUCUGUUGGCAGUGAUAUUUUACAGAAUGGCCGUGCCUUUGGGUCCCCAGGGCAUGAGUGGUUACUCUAUGAUUUUUUGGGGGGGUCAUGAAAAGCAUCUUAAGUUUGUCAGGAGUCAAAUCACGACCCAACUGAAGACCUCAGAUAAUCCAGAGCAGCCAAUGAGACCACCAGCAAAAAAAAA